AUGCUAGAUGGGGGGGUGGCGUCAUCCCCUGCUGCGUAUGUGCAGGCUCACAUCUCCUCUGCUCUCCGUCUGGACCCUGACCGCCCUGAGUAUCACGGAGCAUCCCUCCGCUGGGAGCCCAACGUGCCUGCUGCUCUUGCCACCUCUGCUUCCUCUCUUCCCUCUUCCGCUGGGUCUACUGCUGCUGCUCUCCCUCUGGCGCCGCUCUGUCUGGAGCUGCUCCAGGCACACGGCUCCUUCCCUGCUGGCUCCGUCCUCUCUGCGCUGUUUCUGCCUGAUGCCGCUGCGUGCCUCACGGUUCCUGCGAUGGCAGUGGGGAGGACUGGAGGGACGGUGGCUGUGAGAGGGGGAGGGGAGGGGGAGACGCAUGGUGGCCCCAGGGCAGUCCAGGCAGUGCAAUCGUUCCUGCGAGCAGCAGCAGUGGUAACGACAGUAGUGGUUCCAGAUGGCCCAGACAAGAUAGCAGCGCAGGCAGGGAUGUCACUCCUGAAGCCUGUGCACCGCUCUUCCAUCGCUCUGCACCGAGCGUCACCCAUGCCAUGCUGCAAGAGAGCCUACCUAAGGAUCACGCCCUUUGCCACGCUUUUGCACAUGGUUGCAGAAAAUAGAGGCUCAACUCUGAUCCUCAACCUGCCAGCCAACCCAACAUGGUUUCAGAGUGUCUGGCUGCCUUCAUGUCGGAUCUACCGCAUGGCUUGA